AUGGCCAGAGCAGAGGGCCGCCGCCCGGCCAACUGCACGGCGCCGAAGGACUGCAAGCUGUCGGCCUGGGCAGACUGGACCGACUGCGACGUGGACCGUGCGGACCAGAGGUACCGCAGGCGGCAGAUCCUGCAGGAGCCGAGCGACGGCGGCGAGCCGUGCGUCGGGGCGCUGGAGGAGACGGGCGGCUGCGGCGGCAACGGCACGGAGGACUGCGAGCUGUCCAAGUGGGGCGACUGGAGCGAGUGCAGCUCGAGCUGUGGCAACGGCACCACUGUGCGGAAGCGGGAGCUCGUGCACCAGGCGCUGGCCACA